AGUUUUUAUUUGCAGCGAACAAAACUCACACAAGCCAUUGAUUUAUAUAAGCAUUUUUGAUAAAAGCAACGGAAAAGCACAUGAAAAUGGCGCAGCGUAAUCAUCGCGUGGAUCGCUUUGCACAGAUGAGCAAGCAGGAGGAGAUUAUUGCGAAAAAGCGGCUGGAAAUACUUGAGAAACAGCGCACAUCUGAACUUGCCAAGGCUGUGGCUGCUGCACAGACAUUGGCUGCACAAUUGAAAACGAUGGAUGCGCCAUUGCCGCCAGCUGUUGACGACCCAGAGGAGGAAUUGGAUGAUGAGGAGCAAUCUCCUUCGCAGAAUUCACCAGAAUCGAACGAUGGACAAGAAAUAGAGGCAAAAGGCAUAGAUCAAGCUGUGCCAGCUGUCAAAGUAAAAUCUGACGAUGGCACGCCCAAGACAUUAAAUAGUUUUACUGGGAAAACGGGUAAAAUAAAUUUCAACCUAAAGCGUCAGCUGCCACAGCACAGUGUGGAGCAGCCCCCGCCCAAAGUGAUAAAUACUUUUUGCAAUGACGGCUCAUUUUUGGAAAACUUUAAAAAAAUACUCGAGAAGCAUGAGCAGCCACCGCCGCCCCCGCCAAUGCUUAAUUUAGUGCCAAGCGGCAAUGAGGAUAACACAUCCCCAGAGCUGCCAUCUGGUGAGAACGAUAAUCCAACAAUUCCAGAGCUGCCUGUAAACACAAUAACCACAAGUGCACCGGUAGCAAUUGCUACAUCCAUGGCUGGCAACAUGGGCGUACCUAAUGCGGGCCAGCAUUUAGCCUUUAGCACAGCGCUAGCGCCUUCUGGACCACCGCCUACACCUCCGCCGUUUGCGUUUAAUCCAACGCUGUUAGCACAGGGACCACCAUUCUUCCAUGGCCAUCCACAUCUAUCCAUGCAGUUGCACCCUGGCGCAGUGGUGCCACCGCCGCCGCCUCCACCGCCUCAGCUGCCAUUUUUAACACCAAUUUAUAUGCAAUUGGGACCAACGCGACCACAGAUGCCGCCUGUAGAAGCUGCUAUGCAUCAAUUGAACACUAUUCCGCCACCCAAAGAUUUCGACUUGAAUGCAAUACCAAAGCCUCAACUCAACUUGGAGGCGAUACAAAUGCCGGAGCAAUUGGGUCUGCUGCCGGAGAUUGUAGCCCAUCCGCCACCGCCGCCACCCGAUGAGCCCUUAGUGUUGCCGCAGCAAGCGCUACAACAAGAACAAGAACAACAACAGCAGCAGGAACAGGAGCAACAGAUGCAAGCGGAGCAAGAGCAUCAGUCGACGCCACCACCUCAAGUUUUUUCAGAAACAUGCAUACAAUUGCCAACAUGCAUAGAAAACCUUAUCGCACUGGUCGCCGAAAAUGGUGAAGAUUACGAAGAUAAAAUACGUUUGCAUAGAAGCGAAUUGCAUCCGGCCUUGUGGUUUCUUUAUGAUAAAAACUGCGAACAAUAUCGAAACUAUCGUGCACAAAUCUUUGACUACGAGCGAAAGCGAGUCGCGCGACUCCGAGAGCGGGAGCAACAGCUAACAAAUGCGCAACAGCAGCCGCAGCAGCAGCAGCAGCAGCAGGAGAGGCAGCAGCAACAUGAGCAACACAGCAGCGAUUCGGCAGGAGACAAAUAUGAUCCAGAAUCGGCUAUUAAUGCGGAUUUCGAUUCAGAUGAUGAAUACAUGCGCGGCAUGAUGGAUCGUAAUCGCGACAAUAUAAAGCGUCGCAUUGAAUGCCGCAACGAACUGAGCGACGAGGAGCGUCAGGAGCGGGAAGAGGAGGCAGCUGCUUUGGCUGCCGGUGGCGAUCCGAAUAGUCCGGAUCAGGACGAUCGCGAGUCGUCGCGCAUGCGACGCAAACGCGAACGCAAAAGCCGCUGGGGUGAAAAAGAGCACCAAAUGCCAAGCGUCUCAGGCGUAAACAGCAGUUUUGGCAACCAGAACAAACCCAUGCUGACAGCGGUUACACGCAAUGAUCCAGCACUGCUGCAGUAUGCGCGUCUGAACUAUGGCUCCACACAGCUGACGGAGGAGCAGUGGAAGCAGUGCGAGGAGCACUACAAAGUCAAUCUGCUCUAUCAGGAUAUGAUGCGUAAGCGGCAAGAGAUUGAUCGCUUGGCGCGUGGUGGAAAAUUCAAAUAUGAAUACGAUUCCGACGAGGAUGUAGAGGGCGGCACCUGGGAGCACAAGUUGCGCACGGCCGAAAUGGAGGCAACGCAUCUCUGGGCGAAUGCACUAACCAAACAGAGCGAGGGCAAGCAUCAUAUUGGUGACUUUUUGCCGCCCGAGGAGCUAAAGAAAUUUAUGGAGCAGUAUGAGGCCAAAAAGAACAAUAGACAACCUGAUCUAAGCGAUUAUAAAGAAUAUAAACUGAAAGAGGACAACAUUGGCUUCCAAAUGCUGCAAAAGCUGGGCUGGAAGGAGGGACAAGGCCUGGGUCAAGACGGCGCCGGCAUAGUGGAGCCCGUCAACAAAGCACCGCAGCGUGAUGGCAACCAGGGUCUGGGUGUGGUCAGCGCUGCGCAGCCAGGGGAUUGUGACAACGAAUACGAUGCCUAUCGCAAACGCAUGAUGUUGGCCUAUCGCUUUCGACCCAAUCCACUGAAUAAUCCACGUAGAGCCUAUUACUAGCAAGCAGCCUUAAAUUUAAGCUCCAAAUUUACUUAAAAAUGCAUCUAUAGUUAUAUAUUCACCCAUUUACACAUCCACACACACUCACCGAGCCACACACACACACACAUGCAUAUACUCACGUUGACUGCUGGCCCAUAAUGAAGUUUGCUGAAGUUAACUGAAUGAUUAAAAUAAUGCCACAAGCUGUA